ACCGAAGAAAAGGUAAGCCCUCGUGCCGCCGGCGAAGCUCGGCCUUAUUUCUGUGAGGAGCUAACCUCACCGAGAGAAAUAGGAGGAGAAUCGCAAAAUUACAGUUACGAUCCUUGAACACGGCUGGAUUCAGCUGCUCAAUCUAGUGCAGGAUACCAGAAAGUGAUUUCAAAGGAGAGACAUGGAAUCAGAAUUAGAGGAUUGGUUGCCGCUGAGCCAAAGAGAAGAAUGGUCGGAUGUGACCCCACUGCCGCAGGAUGAUGGUCCCAACCCAGUUGUUCUUAUAGCCUACAAGAGAGACUUUCAAGAAACCAUGGAUUACUUUCGUGCCAUCUAUCAAGCUGAUGAACGUUCCCCUCGUGCCCUCAGCCUUAGCGGACGAGCCAUUUGCUUGAACCCUGGCAAUUACACGGUGUGGCAUUUUAGGCGGCUAAUACUUGCAGCCCUUAAUGAGGAUUUGCACAAAGAACUGGAUUUUGUCGAACAGAUUGCUAGUGUCAACUCCAAGAACUAUCAGUUGUGGCAUCAUAGGCGGUGGAUUGCUGAGAAAUUGGGAACUGAUGCUACAAUUUAUGAACUUCAGUUCACCAAGAAGAUACUUUCCACUGAUGCUAAACAUUACCAUGCCUGGUCACAUAGGCAGUGGGUACUUCAGACAUUAGGAGGCUGGAAAGAUGAACUUGAUUAUUGCCAUAGCCUUCUCGAAGAGGACAUUUUUAAUAAUUCUGCAUGGAAUCAGAGAUACUUUGUCAUAACUAGAUCCCCUUUCCUGGGAGGCCUCAAAGCCAUGAGAAAGUCUGAAGUGAGAUAUAUCGUUGAAGCCAUUUUAACUAAUCCAGAGAAUGAGAGCCCAUGGAGAUACCUCAGAGGGCUUUAUGAAGGUGAUACUGAGGGUUGGGUUAAUGAUCCUGAAAUCUCCUCUGUUUGUUUGAAGGUUUUGAGCUCGAAAAGCAACUAUAUAUUUGCUUUGAGCAUGCUUUUAGAUCUUCUUUGCAAUGGUUUCCAGCCAAGCCAAGAUUUCAAAGAUGCUGUAGAAGCUCUUGGUACUUCAGACAACAGUCCACUGGAUUCCAACUUAGCAAGAGCAGUUUGUACUGUCUUGGAAGAGGAUGAUUCUUUAAGAGCUAACUAUUGGAGAUGGCGCAAGAGCAAGCUUCCCCUCUGAUGAGAGAUGCAAUAGAGUUUAUAUCAUAUGUUUGAACCAUCUUUGGCUUUGCAAAUUUACUUGGAUCAGUUUAGCUCAUGGAAGAAGAUCAGAGACCAAAAAUUGUUAGCACUUCCUGUUUGACUUCAUGGUCAUUUUAUACUUCCAAAAAAUCAUGAUGUAAUUCUUGUUUUUCUUGCAAAGACGCCUAUUAUAACUCAUGCUCAGUGAAGUUCAGAGAUCAAAGUGAACUAUUUUCAGAAUGACUAUCUGAUUCUUCAGGAAUAACCAGGCAGAAAAAGG